AUGUUUAAGGGAGUGGUGUUUCUGGCGUGUUUAGUAACUUGUUGCUCCGCUCAGGUGCCAUGCCACGCUGGGUUCUUUGGUUCCAAAGGGCAAGCAUGUAGAGGUGGGUCUGUUAUUCGACCUAAUAAAAUAGCCUAAGGAUUUCUGACGUACUUCGGAAGCUGCGUUGUUUUCGGUCUCUGCCAUGCUCAGUUGGACACUUAGGGUCUUACUGAUGACAAUCUGAUGAGAGAGUUGUUUCUUUUCUUCAUGUUUCCAUAUGCUUUGCCAACCAUAUCAGCUAGGGGAAAUCGCAAAGCGUCCGUGUAAUAUUGUAUAGAUUUUUUUUAUAUUCAUCGUUGCUUAAAAGGGAUCGGGAUUGACACCUUGAGAAGCUUUACCAAAUCGCACUUUAUUGGUCAUCAACUUAGUAGACUUACAAACGAGGGAUGCCAGCCCAUACUUAAAUGGUCAAAGACAAUUUAUCCAUGCACAUUUAUAAAAGUUCAGAGUAUGUUAACGUUUGGCACCCAGAGCGAAUUAUGAAAAGGUAUAGUACGGUCAAUUCGAGACUUUGAGAGACUGUGAGAAACUGCUUUCAAAAUUCGCGACCGAGACUUAUAAUUUUGAAAGCUUUAUGAUUAAUGUCUGGGCGCUCUGUCUUGGCGCAGGGAUUUCUCUCAGAUUUCGAGAAAAAUUCUUUCUUUCUUUAUUUUUAUAGUUCAGAUGGUUCAUACAACAAAAAAUUUCCUCAAAUCUUUUAUUUUAUCGUGCCUCCACGCGUGUUUGUGAUUUAAAGGAUACUGACCAAACUAACAUGAAAGUUUCCUUUGGAUCGAGCGAUUCAGCCUUUCCUAAAUCAGGUCCUGGUUGCUCAAAGAAUGGAUAGCGGACGCCCACAGUAUUAAUCUCUGCACAGUGCAUAAUUCCCCUGCUUUCUAGCUACUCAAAAAUUAAUUUUGGGUUUAAUUUAUUUAUAUCUUUUUUUUUCCAUGAAAUGUUAGAAUGUCCACAUAACACAUACAAAGAUUACAUUGGCUUUGCAAGUUCCUGUAAGCCUUGCCCGGUAAAUUCGGGUCAUAACCUUCUUGGAAGUCAUAUUUUCAGUGACUGCAAAUGCUUGAAGGGGUAUUCAGGGGACCUAAUGCAGGACAUUCCAUGCACAAGUAAGAAAGAAGUUUGCAGUUUGUCUACUUUACUUCAUUUUAUCUGUUUUCCCUCCACAUUUAUAUUUUCGCUCCCCUGAUAGCUACCUUCCAGUUUCACCAUUUGAUAACGACGUUAUUGCUUUUACAUAGCCGUUACUUGCUUUAGACUUUUCCCUCCUUGCCUACUGAAUUACAAAGAACGUAUCAUUUUUGAUAUAUGAUUUGUUUACUACGGCGUCUAUUUAACAAUUAUUCCACGAGUGCGCGUUGGAUAUGAAAUGGGGAUAGCCAACAAGGCGCAUAGCGCCGAGUUGGCUAUAAUCAUCUCAUAUCCAGCAAGCACGAGUGGAAUAAUUGUUUUAUUAAAAAACGCUCACAAAUAUCAAGAAUUAUUCCCGACUUUAUUUGUAAAAACAACCGAUUUUCAGCUUGUUUUUAAAUUUGAUCAGACGCGUACAGUUACGAUAUUUGGAGAGCUUGGUAUAAUGGCUCUUAUGAUGGCUAAGCUAAUCAGAGUUCUUGAAUUGCAUUAUUCAAUGAUUCAUUUUUUAAUAAUGUGCUUUAUUAUUUUCAACAGUUAGACUUUGUGAUCCGAGUGCCCCUCCAAUAAAUGGGUCCUUAGUUGGUGUCUGCAACUCUGAAUACAACUCAGUUUGCCGCAUCAAAUGUAAUGAAGGUUAUGAAUUAGAAGGAGGAAGUGCGCAUGCGGAGAAAAAGUGCAUCGUGAAUAAAAACAACCACAUGGAGUGGACAGGAGGACUUAUUUAUUGCUCUGGUAAGACAAACAUCAAAGUUGAAAACAACGGUGCUGUAGUCAGCUGUGUAGUUUGUGUUGGAGGCCUCCCUGACCAUGCACAAUCCUUUGUUUUUUGCUCAUAAAUUAAGACUGAAUAGAUUAAUGCGAUGUUUCUAUUGGUCAGUGAGUUCAAAAUGAUAGGAAUGCUAUUGAAUGUUGGUGCACGGUCAGGUCCAAAAAAGCAAACAAAAACAUAUAACAAACGAGUCGAACGCCUUUCAUAACCAUUCCACUUUAAUAACUACGGUGAUCCUAAUGCCAUAAGCCAUUGAUAUCGAAGAUAUAGGGAGUACUAUUCAGAAGUUGAUUCUGAUGGUUUUUUUUUCGUUUCUUAUCGCCAGUUUUUCCACUCAUCACUCUUAGUUCUAUUUAAUGGUUACUAAUAUCAACAUAUACUGAAUUAGCCUGCGUGCGGACGAUAACGAAACUCUGAUUAGUACCGUCUGCGAAGCAGCGCAGAGAUCCUUGUUCUGGACCCCCAACGGACUCAACGAAUUACCGGAAGUGCGUUUCGAAUUCCCCUUCAACCUGAUUGGCGAUCACGACAAACAAAACAAAGGCCUUUUUUAACUGGCCAAUCGUGGAGCGUACUCAAAUCUGGGUACACAGCUGGAAGUCCAGAACAAGGAUUUCGGCGCUGUUUCGCAGACGGAGUUAACCAGAGUUUAAUUUCGUCUGCGCGCAGGCUAAUACUGAAUAGGCUUGUAAUUUUUUCUGGGUAACCUCCCUCAAGUUUUUAUAAGCUGACCCUUUAACACAUUUUUGGUGGCCUCAUUACCCAAAAUACCCUAGGCCUAUUGUUUAUGUUCGUAUUUCAGGAAGACAAAUAGAUUUUGAUUUCUUCAAAAUUAUGUAGGAUGAAUAGAUGAUGAUGAUGAUGACAAUGAUGAUGAUGACGUUGAUGAUGAUGACGUUGAUGAUGAUGACGUUGAUGAUGAUGAUGAUGAUGAUGAUGAUGAUGAUGAUGAUGUCUUUGAAGCAAUAAGUUUCAACCAUUACCCUACUUAUUUUAGUUUUAGCUAUAACAUGUCCAAUAAAUCGUGUAUCUUCUAUUUUAUUCUUAGCUAUUAGAUGUCCACUAGUUCAUGUAUCUAACGCCAAUCCACCUUCUGGAGUGUGUUCAUCAGCUCCUUAUGUCCCGCGCUACAAGACCCGCUGCUCCUUUAAAUGUGAUCGUGGGUACCGGCUAAAAGGCUCCAAGGAGCGUGUUUGUCAACUCGACAAAACUUGGUCUGGAAUUCCAACGAUUUGUGAAGGUAUUGGAAUGUGACUCGACUAAAAUUUUAUGAUAAAAUGUGUUCUGUUGGCGGUCAGCCGUGUAAAACGCAGACUGCGGACUAUUGUUUUCACCAUACAAAUAAGUACGUGACAAUAAUAGUCCCAUUGUACCCUAAAAACAAUAGUCCGCUGUCAGUCUGCAGUCUGCAUUUUACACUGCCCCCUUUGUUGGGAAAGAAAGCUAUGAACAGUCUUAAUGUUUUAUCCUUCGAUACAAAGUUUAAACAGAUAUGACAUAUCAGGUUGGAUGAGCGUUUACUCUGAAUAAACAGUUUCUUUUAAGGAUUUCAGUUUCAAAUUAUAAAAAUAAAUGUAGCGUGGAUUCAUUUGCAGUAUACGUCAUGGUACUUAUUUACUGCUGUCAAAAUUAACAGUUGAAAUUCAUUAUUUUUGGAACUUAAUUGGAAGUUCCAGAUGGCAUAGUUUGUAGAGGAGACUGGUUGAAAAGCCGGGAAACAUCAAAGAUGAAAACAACGGUGCUGGGCCAGUUUAUGUUGGACCUUGGAAGCUUCUUGACCGUGCACAAAGUUUUUUUUGUAUUUACAAAUUGUGACUGAAUAAACUAGGGCUACCUUCCGCGGCAAGUGGCAACGAGGCGGAUUCGUUUAUCUUUUGUGGAACGUGCCUAUUGAGAUCUUUGCGAUUUCUUUCAUAAUUUUAGAGGUUUAAAAUGGAUUCCGCUAUAGAAAAGGAUGGUACCCAACUUUGAAACAACAACUUUGGUACAUUCUAGGCUUUCACUUUUAUUAAACAACAUGGCUUGAAGCUCAGUUGGUAAAUAUGAGCAAGUUAGCACUUGUUUCAUGGAAAAUUCCAUUGUAUCAAAACUAUAAACGUUAGAAAGAAAAAUAUAGUUCAAAUGAGGCCUUUGACCGCUUAAAUUAAAAAUAAUAAUUAAAUUUUGAGCAACAGUGUCAUCAGGGAUAAGAAAAAUAUUUCGCGUGGUACAUAGGAAAAAAUUGGUGUAAAGUAAAAUGCGUCAAAAGCGCAAGGAUGGGGCGGAAUGUAUCAGAGGUAUGAAAAUAUAAACUUGAAUGAAAUACAAAGAUCUAAUGAGCGAGUGUUACGGGACAAAGAGUCUCUCGAAAGGCAUAAUGAUAGUCUUCAAAACAAAAGGUCCGCAAAUUCGAUGCAUUCCUCACGGGAGUUUAGGGCUGUCUCAAUGUAAAUCGAGCUGCAAAAAGCAUGCUGGUUGACAAAAUCUCUCGAAAGAAAUGAAUAAACUCUAAGAAACAAAUGUCUGCAAAUACGUUGUAUUCACGGGAGGUGAGGACUGGCUCAAUGUAAAUCGACCUGCAAAGACCACGCUGGUUCUGAUAAAAGUUUUGAGAAUAUGCCUUUUCACAAAGGAAAGGAGAACACUGAAACCCUGGUUCUGAGUCGAGAAGAGAACACGCUACCUCAAUGUAAAUCGAGCGGCAAAAAACAAGCUGGUUCUAACAAAAAUUUGAGCGUAAAACCCUAUUCCUUGAUCAGCUGCUGCUUUAAACGCAAUUUAUAAAGCAAGUCAGAGCACUUAUUACCCUUUCAAACUAGAAAUUGUCUUAAAGCUUGCUCACCUGUUAGGUCCUCUUGAACAGACAAGGAACAGCUGCACACUGAAUCAUCCAAUUUCGGACCACGAGUUGUAAAUACAAUACAAGACCAUGACGUCACUACCCAAAUAUGGGGUCUUACCCAAAUGUGGUCAAAAAUGCAAAUUUUAGAGGGUCACGCAGAAUUUGAGAGUUUUUGCCUACAUUGCAGGGAGUUAUAUAAUUCUGCCGCCGAGGCAACCUCGCUUCUUAGCUCGGUUGCCUCGUUGGUAAUAAAUGUGAAAUUCAAAAUGAUAGGAAUGUUGUUGAACGUUGUUCAAGGUCCGAAGUCUGAAAAGCCAACAAUGCAUAUAACAAAUAAUUGUAACGGGUUUCAUUACACUUUAUUAACUAUGCACGGGGCAAAUGUUACGUCUAUACGGGUCAAUGCUACCAAUAAAUCCAUCCUUCAUUUUGGAUCACUAAGCGCCCACUCAAACAACGAAGAAUACCCCCGGUAGGCCACUUGCACUGAGAGGUCACGUGACUAAAGCGAGCUGGAAUCUUGCUCUAAUGCCAGAAAUUGACAGAACUUAUCUUACACCCGAAAUUUGAGAGGAUACACACUUAACGUACAUAUUUUAUGGCACUUUCAUUUUUCAACGAAGUAGAAUGAUUUGUAUUCGCCGCCAUGUUAGAGGGCAUACAUUUGCCCUCCAACAUGACAAAAAACCAAAACUACUUUUUGCUUGUGUCUUGUUAAAAGCUUGAUAGUUACGCUCAGAUGUGCUGCAAACGUUACCACAUCAUCUUUUCAACAUUUUCCUUGAAAUUUAAGUGCCAAAUUUGUGUUCAGAAAGAGGUAAUUCAUUAGUUUAAAAAUCACACUGGUUAUGUGACCAGCUACGAACUUACUUAUUUUAACAAAAUAGUGAAGGGUUUGAAAAACCAAAUCACUAUUAUUUUGUUUAAAACAUAACCCACUAAUCGUUUUUCGAAGGUAAAAUCAUAUAAAUUUCAUUUUCAUGAAAGUGAUGUCAAAUGACUUCUAAGUACAAACGGCCUAUACAACUAAAUUAAUUGGGCAAUUGAUGCAGUUUGUCUUUCGGGCAAGCUACGAUGUUACAAAACUAAGUUGGUUUUAGAAUUAUUCAAAACUGAGUGGUUCAGCUUUCAAUUCAGUAGUUCAUGCCCUUGGUGAGGGAAGAUUUAUCUUCAUUUUUAUCCGCUUUCUUUCUUAGCAAUUUACUGCCCUAAACUUUCGCCUGUCAAGUUUGCAACUGUGCAACCCCCGGAGUGUGUCACCCAGCCAGUAAAAUUUGGCAGAUCGUGUCAAUUUCGCUGUCCUGACGGGUACUUUACUGAUGAUGAACUACAUGAGAGUAAAGCUUAUUUAGGGUGUCUGCAUAAUGGUACAUGGGACUUUCAAGUUCCUAAUUGCGUCGGUAAGUAUUUCAUUUUUUCUUUCUCCUUUUCCCUGUUCGGGUUUUUUACGUUCGACGCUAGGAGAACGCCUUCUAAACUCAAUGCGCAAUUCUAUUUUGAUCACUUCCCAGCUCGGGUAAAAUUUCAACCAAUCAGCAGAUCGGUGUAGUGACACAGCAUCUGUUUGGAAUUAGAGGACCCGUUCCCUAGAUGGCUUCGCGAAAUGUGGGCUCUUUUGUCAGCUAAAAUUCGAACGCACUUACCAUUCUCCAGUUAGUGUUAGUUUUCAAUAAGUAGACGGUGCUUUUAAUACACACAAAUAAGCAUAUGAGAUUAGUCACCACUUUUCUUUCAACCUGUUUUAUUCUGAACUUAAAAAUCAAUGUACGUGUAUAGAUCGCCAGCCUCCAAGAAUGUCCUGUCCCCUGUCUAAAAUAAGAGGAGUUACCACCAAAGGAAAAGCAACAGGAAAGGUAUCAUGGAGCAUCAAGGUGACAGAUAACUCUGAGAUUGUGGAUCCCAAUGCAAAGAUAACUGUAGACUCAAGUCAUCAGCCUUCUCAAGAAUUUCCCAUUGGCGAGACUCUAGUCCGUAUUAUCGCCACUGACAGUGCUGGAAAUGUCGGCCGUGAAUGUAUCUUUAAAGUUGAAAUCAGAGGUAAGGAACACAUCCCUUAUGCUCCUGGUACUCUGGCUAGCUGACUUGAAACCCUUUGCACCCUUAUGACACAAAUUAUCAUUAAAUAUCUCCUUACAAUGGCGGCACUGAUUUUAGUGAAAAAUAACGGUCUUGAGAAUACUGGAUAUAAUAACCAACCAGAGAGGAACUACAGUUUUCUCCAUCAAUGCAACAGUAGCCUGAACUUCUCGAGCUGAGAGAAGCGAGGAGUUGACGGCUGUAUUCUCAGGCGAAUGCAGCAAGAAAUAUAUAGAGACAACAUUGUGAAGAAUACAUCAGUGCAUGUUUUGAAUAAAUGAUUGUACGCAUAAGGGUCAAGGAGCUUCUUAAUCUUGUAGAGGGUCUCCUAUAGGUUUCUCGGGAUCUGGGAUUUGCUUGCUUAUCUGGAAGCUGGUAUUUAGGAUUUUACAGAAAAUUGAGAUUCGGGAGUGAAAGUAUGAACGGGAUGUGUGAUGCGGAAAAUAAUCAUCGGCAUUACAGGAUUGAGCGAAAAUUUGGCGCGGGGUCCGGAUGGAGGGAUUGCAUAGAGAACGUACCCUUCUUGUCUUCCUAUCGGCAAAAUGUACUCUGUUAUAAAAAGAAAUCCCUGAUAGAAAUUUUAAGCUAUAAAUUUUCUUUUUUAAUGCUUUCUUUCACAGAUAAUGAGCCACCAACUUUUAGCAAAUGCCCCAAGGACAUCGUACGUGAAGAGAAAGUUUCUUCGAUAAGAGUGAAUUGGAAGCGUCCAGUGUUCUCUGACAAUUCGGGGGUGCUUCCCUCUGUCUCUUCAAGCCUUCAAUCUGGAGCAACAUUUCUGGUUCCUGGAAACUAUAAAAAUACAUAUACUGCAGAGGAUCGGUCU